UCCACCCUAACAACACUUUCCACUACACGACUAAAGUACGUACAUGCAUGUAUAAGUUUCAGUCGCCCCUCAGAGACCUCCAGGGAACGAAAGGAUAGGUCAAACAAAGGAAUAAUGGCAGUCAAUAACUCCAAAUCCGGACCACCGGAUCGGCCCUUCCCUCAGCUUCUACAACAGUCUGAGAAAAUACUUCUGCACACCAUUCAUGCGCAUUUGAUCUCGUACUGCCCAACCAUGGAUCUAAUUGCCAUUGUAUCGUCUGAAGAAAAUCUGGACGUGUACCGGAUCAAUGGACAGCGGGCCUUUGGGCUCAAGAGAAAGAGCGAGGAUGUACACGUGAUGACGGUGUGCUGGCAAUGGAACGGCGCUGCGAUUGGGGUUUGUUGGAGCGACGGUGCCGUGGAUGUUGUCGCCGUCGAGACGGGUAAGGUGGUACAUCCGGACAUCAAACUGUCUGAGGUGAGCGGGGAGAUUGGCGAUGAUGCCGGGAAGCGGGUUAGGUGCUUGGGGUGGGGUAUGAAUUUUAUCGAUGUAGAGGGGGUGAAGAGGAGGGUAGGUGCUUCGAGAAGCAAGGUUUCGAAGAGGCAUUCUGCGGACAGGAAAGAUGCCGAAUCAAAGAGUCAAGCGAUAUCUCCAAUUGCUGCCAAAACUGCAGCGAAGAAGACGGUUAUCGACUUUGAUGACGAUGUUCCCACUACCGAGGAUUGGGACGCGUUCAGGGACGACACGACGUUGGAAGACUUUCUACAGCGGCAGCCUGACUUUGAGACUCUGGAUAUUGCGCCUGACCUUCCUGACCAACUGGCUAUGAUGGAUACUGAGUCGCUGCUUCCUAAACUGCCCCCUAUACCGCUGCCACCGGCGAAUCCGUUCAUGAUGAGAGCUGCGCAGGCUGAUGCUGGGGCAUUUAGUACGCAAGCUCAGGUUGAUUCAUUAUUACAUACUCACCAUCUUCGGGAUCACAAUAGCGUCGACAUGUUCAUACGGUGUACUGAGAAGGGAAGUGUGCAUCCAAGCAUCUACGACUCGAUGGAGACGGUCGACAUACGGCUACCAGAAGCCUGGGGUGUGCAGAGCACGCCGCUCGCGCAUACAAGUCAUCCGUAUGCUUGCACACAUGGCUUACUCAUGGAGAUCAAAACAUCGGAAGAUGAAGAAAAGCACAUUGCCUACGUACCGCUGACUCUGGGUUUCAUCCCUUCGGCGGGUAUCUAUCUCCACCUCAUCGCGUCCAAGACUGCGCAGCUGCAGAACCUACUCUCCUACCUCACCAACACUCUAGCCCGCAUCCGUUCUUACUUCGCGCACAGUCAAGAUCUUCCGGAUAAAUUCAUGCGCAAUAUUUCUGAAACCCUUUCGGAUUCUGACCAAGGCGGGCUGGUCGAGAAUCUAUAUCACCUCGCCUGCACCGGCCACUGCUCGCCCGCAAUCCAUGAAUGGCUCGUGGACGAGCUCGCCGAGCAAGGUCAUAAACGCUGGGAUAAUGCCAUCUCAUCGAAUCUUGCCGUCGUCAUACAACUUUUGCACGAGAAUUUACUCCCGGCCAUCGACCGCUGUUCUAUCAUCAUUUCGCGUCUGCGCGGGCUAGCCGCCUAUCACGAUCGCGAUUGGAUUUUUAGUGGGCCACUGUCGGAUUUUACAUCUCUUCUCGAGCAGCUCAAAAGCUUGCGUCUUCUUGGUCAUACUACGCUGCUCUAUGCGGCGGACGAGAAGCGCCAGUUCACUUGCUUCAGCAAGUGGCUGCGGUACAGUAUCGACUUUGAAGCCACUGAGCCCGAGAGCACAAGUAGGACUGAGAUGGAAGCUAAAGAUCCAGACGUGCCUAUCCCGUCCGUUCUAUCUUACAUAGAGCAUAACAUGGCGCAGUCAGAUCUCACUCCGUAUUUGAAGAGCAGCAAGGAGGUUGAUGGGGGUGAUGCGAGCUAUGAAGAAACAGUCAAGGCUAUUGAGCAGCGGCGAGAAGGUGUGGCGCACAGGGAAGAUACACUGUGUUUGGAACGUGUGUUAGUUGGUAUUGGGGAGAGCGUCGGCGGUCUGCUGAAGCAGGUCAGUCGUUGGCAACGGGAGAAUAUCGGCAUGGACUGUGGUGUUGUUCUUCAGAAGGGCGAGGUGGGCGACGAGCUGGAUAUGAGGAUGGUGUACGAGAUUCACACUCCUUGGAAACAAUCUCUGGCUUCCAUGAUCCCUCACAAAAUAAUAUUACUGACUCCAUCUUUUCAAAAGCCAACUUCCGCAGCGGAACCAACCAUCUCAACCUACAUUGCGCUCACACCAGCCUCUGCGUCUCCCUCAUCACCAACCCUCCAAAUCCACCGCCUCACGCACGCCACACACCUCACCACUCCCUCAUCCCCACUGACCGCAUACGCCACCACCACUAUCUCAGUCCCAGGCUACAGAGUGCUAGACGCGAAAUUCGCAGACGACACCGAUCUACUGAUUCUUCUAAAACCCUCAGCUCCCACCACCGACACCAAUGAAGAAACUCCCCCAUCGAUCCUCCUCUCCAUACCAUACACCACAGCAUCUACCUCCUCAUCCUUCCCUCCACAUGCGUCUCCCUCUCUCUUACGCAUCCUCUUCUCAGAAUCCCCCAACUCUCCUCCUCUCUUACCCUCCACAUCCACAACCUCUUCCUCGGCGCCUCAAUCUUCCACCCUCACACUCUCCCCACCUGACAUCGAAUCCCUUACGAAACACGUCUUCACACCUCGCUUCUCCCCGCUGAAAAUCGUAGUCAAUGGCCGGAAAGGACGUAGAGUUCUGUGUGUGGUGGGCGAGGAUCGAAGACAUGUCAGUGUGCUGGAUUUGGAUUAUAGGGAGGGUGAUGAGAGGCUGGAUGAUGACGAUGAUGAUAGUGAUGAGGGUAUCGAGGGGGAUGGGGAUGUUGUUAUGGGCGGCGUUUAA